AGCUGAGUUUCAGCGGUCUGUCUGUCUGAUUGCUGCUCACCGGAGCCUGUAGCUGCAGGCGGGCGGGACGCCGUCCGAAGCCCUUUCUGUGCUCCGUUUUCGCUCCGCGUGGAAGCAGCAGCCUGCUCCUGUGGGUCUGGGUGAGAGAGGAGGUGAAGAUGCUGACGGACACGAUUGUUGAGGAGGAAUUUGAGAUCAAGGAGGAGGAACCGUGGUACGACAAGCAGGACCUUGAACAUGACCUGCAGCUGGCUGCAGAGCUGGGAAAGUCUCUCCUGGAGAGGAACCGGGAGCUGGAGCAGGGUCUGCAGCAGAUGUACACCACCAACCAGGAACAGCUGCAGGAGAUUGAGUACCUGACCAAGCAGGUGGACCUCCUCAGGCAGGUCAAUGACCAGCAUGCUAAAGUCUAUGAGCAGCUUGAUGUUUCCGCCCGAGAGCUGGAGCAGAACAACCAGAAACUGAUUGUGGACAACAGGAUAGCCCAGCAGAAGACCCAAGGGCUGACAGAAACAGUUGAGCUGCUCCAAACGCAGGUGGAUGAGCUGCAGCAUCAGGUGGAGGAGUUGAAGCUGAGCCCGGUUCAGCCUCGGGCAUCUCCACACAGAGAGAACUGGUCUCCUCGUGGCUCUCAGAGUGCUUCCUGCCUGCAGGAGCUGCAAAACACUCUCAGGUCGGGCUGUGGUCCUGAUGAGCUCUCGUACGAUCUGGAGUCCUCCAUUGCAUUGUGGAAGGAAGAGGAGCAGGUGUCACUGCGUCAGUCGCUCCGUGCUCUUCAGACUCAGUUUGCUGCUGAGCGCGCUCAGCGUGAGGAGGCGGAGCAAGAGGCGGAGCUUCUGGCAGCAGAAAAUGCUGCUUUGGAGCAACAGCUGGCAAGGAUGGAGCGAUAUCAGUCCAGAGUGUCUGAGUUGGAGGAUGAAGCUGAGGAGCUUCGUCAACUCUGGAAAUUAGAGUCUUCAUCAAGAUCCAGCAGGUUGAACAUCAUCCACGGGCUGCUGCCACACUCGCUGCUCCUCAACCCAGAGGAGGAGAAUGAAGGAGCGCCAGCGGCAGUGAAAAGCCCGGCUAUCCUGAAACGAUGUGCGAGCGAGCGGCUGAUGAAAGCCACACCGGUACCCGACUCUCUUGACAGAAUCUACGACCAUGAGUGCUCCUGCGUGCGUCGAGCUGAGGUGGUGAAGUACCGAGGGAUCUCGCUGCUGAACGAAGUCGACGCCCAGUACAGUGCCUUGCAGGUGAAGUAUGACGAGCUGCUGCAGCGCUGCCAGCUGGGGAAAGAGGAGGAGCAGACCUCAGGGAUCAGCACAGCUCAUCCAGCUCCAGCAGACGUUGAGGACCGCAGGGAUGACUUUCACCAGCCGGAGUAUAAAGAACUUUUCAGGGAAAUCUUCUCUCGCCUUCGGAAAACCAAAGAAGAGCUGAUUGAAAACAGAGAAAGACCCUCAGGUGAUCAAACAAAUUAGCUGCUUCCAGCUCCAUCAGCUCCAGUCUUCCAAUGACAGAACAACUCCUCACAAAGACUUUUAUUUGACCAGUUGGUGACUGUCAUAGAAGGAAUGACUCUAGAUAAGAGGGCAGCUCAUGUAGCAGAUGUGGUUGAUUUUGCACAGAAAACACCAGUGCCUGCAUCUCUGUCUACUGUACAAUCACAGCUCCUGUGGAAACAUCUGGAAAAGCAUUCAGAAAAAAGGCUGGAAACACUUCCUUUUAUUGGUACCAUUGUUUUCUGUUAACAGCAUCCUGAUCCUUACACACGUUUUAACUCUUACGAAUAAAAAACAGCUGAUUUCAGUGUAAAAAUGCUAUGUUUAGGUCGUUCUUUUAAAAGUCUUAGAUAAAAACACUGACUUAACACUUUAAAUCAAGGUGAGUUCAUUUGGUGAUGUUUUAACUGUGGUCUCCACUGGCUUCUGAGGGAAAUCUCUUCCUAUUUUGCCGUAAUCGGCCCACAUUUAGUGUUUUUUGAAUAAGGAAUGGAACGACUUUUUUUUUAUUUAAAAAGAAUGAUGCCAUGAAAACAUAAAAGCCAUUAAACACGUCCAAUCUGGAAUUUCAGCUGGUUUAAUCCUAAAAUAAAAUAAUCUUUUUAGAAAACUCAAAAGAAAAUUAAUGGAACCCUAUAAAAUCGUGUUUCCAGAAUAGCUGAUGAUUGAUUUUUCAUUUAUAAAGUAGACGUUAGUUGUACCAGUCGCUGCAGCAUUUUAAUAAGCAUUAUGGUAAGGCUGUGAGGAUUUCUGUAAGUGUAACUUAUAUUUCUCUGACUUGAUUCCUGUAAGGUAGCCUCUGAAGGAUUGUUCUAGUGAAGUUUACCAAAAUUCUGACUCUGUACUUGAUCACUUGACCCGUAAAAACUUGAAGGAAUGUGUGUGUAGGAGCUUCUGUUGUAUUUGUGUAUCCUUGUUAAGCCUAGGUGGAACCUCUGGAGAUGCACCUGGCAUCAUCAGUGUUGUUGGGACACUUUUGUGUUUUUGGAAGCUUUAGAGCAGAAUAAGCUGCAAUAUGUAUGCUGUAUUUUCACCUGUGUUGUUACUGCAAUGAGCCAUAAAAUAUGAAGCAAAG